ACCAUGGCGGCGGCGGCGGCGGCGGCGGCGGGGCGGCAGCUGGAGCUGCUGCGGGAGGAGCGGGAGGCCGAGCUGGCCCAGAGCAGGGCCUGGCAGGAGAGCGUGUCCCCGCGGGAGCUGCAGCGCCGGGGGCUGUGCCUGCUGGGGCUGCGGGCUGACAGCCCCCGCACCGGCCUCUACGGCCGCCUGCUGGUGGCUUUCCAGCCCCGGGCACACCCCGGGCUGCCCUGCAACAGCUUCGGGCCUGGGGACAUCGUGGGCCUGUACGACUCAGCUGGCCGGGGUGACCUGCUCUGCACUGGCGUGGUGACCCGUGUCACCUCCCAGGCUGUGACAGUGGCCUUUGAGGACUGCAGGGAUGGCACCUCCAGCCUGGGCUGGGAGGGCUCCUACUGCCUGCUGAAGCUGGCCAACGACGUCACCUACAGCAGGCUGAAGAGAGCUCUGUGUGCACUCCAGCAGUACCCUGGGGGUCCAGCCUCUGCCCUGAUCGAUGUCCUCUUCUUCACCUCUGCUCCCAGCACAGCCAGUGAAACAAGGCCUCUCAAGUUCUUCAAUGACUCUCUGGAUGCCUCGCAGAGGGAGGCUGUCUCCUUCUCACUGGCACAGAGGGAGCUUGCCAUUGUCCAUGGACCACCUGGCACAGGGAAGACCACAACACUAGUGGAGAUCAUCCUGCAAGCUGUACAGCAAGGCCUGAAAGUCCUAUGCUGUGCCCCUUCCAACGUGGCUGUGGAUAACCUGGUGGAGAGGCUGGCUGGCUCCAGAGCCCGCCUCCUGCGCCUGGGCCACCCUGCUCGCCUGCUGGAGCCCAUCCAGCAGCAUUCCCUGGAUGCUGUCCUGGCCCGUGGUGACAAUGCCCAGAUAGUGGCAGAUAUCAGGAAGGACAUCGACCAGGCCUUGGCAAAAACCAAAAAGGCUCAAGACAAGGGGGAGCGGAGCCACUUUCUGAGUGAGGUUAAGGUGCUGAGAAAGGAGCUGAAGGAACGAGAAGAGGCGGCCAUGGCUGCAGCCCUCACCCAUGCCAGUGUCAUCCUUGCCACGAAUACAGGCGCCUCCCCCGAUGGCCCGCUGAAGCUGCUUCCUGAAAAUCACUUUGACCUGGUGGUGAUAGACGAGUGUGCCCAGGCCCUGGAAGCCAGCUGCUGGAUCCCUCUGCUGAGGGCUCCCAAGUGCAUCCUGGCUGGGGAUCACAAGCAGCUGCCCCCCACCAUCAUCUCCCACAAGGCGGCUGCCCAGGGCCUCUCCCUCAGCCUGAUGGAGCGUGUGGUGCAGCAGCUGGGGCAGCGGGUGGUGCGGAUGCUGACCGUGCAGUACCGGAUGCACCAGGACAUCAUGGCCUGGGCCUCCGCCGAGCUCUACGGCGGCCGCCUGACAGCCCACCCCUCCGUGGCACAGCAUUUGCUCAAGGACCUGCCGGGUGUUGCCUCUACAGAAGAGACCACAAUUCCCCUGUUGCUGAUAGACACUGCUGGCUGUGACCUGUUUGAGCUGGAACUGGAAGAUGAGCAGUCCAAAGGGAAUCCAGGGGAGGUCCAGCUGGUGGGUUUGCACGUCCAGGCCUUGGUGGAAGCUGGUGUGAAGGCACAAGACAUCGCUGUGGUGGCCCCCUACAACCUGCAGGUGGACAUGCUGAGGGAGCAUCUUUGCCACAGGUACCCAGAGCUGGAGAUCAAAUCAGUCGAUGGUUUCCAAGGAAGAGAGAAAGAGGCAGUGAUCCUGUCCUUUGUGAGGUCCAACAGGAAAGGCCAGGUGGGCUUCCUCGCCGAGGACCGCCGGAUCAACGUGGCGGUGACGCGCGCCCGGCGGCAGGUGGUCGUGGUGUGUGACACGCACACCGUGGGAGCCCGGCCCUUCCUGCAGCGCCUGCUGGGCCACUUCAGCCAGCACGGGGAGGUGCGCUCGGCCUUCCAGUACCUGGACAGCCUGCUGCCCCACGGCCACGCACAGCUCCCCGCAGCCCCCCGCCACAAACACCCUCCGGGGAGGAAGCCCAGAGCUGCAGCAGCCCCCAAAGCUGCAAACCCCAAAACAGCAGCAGCCCCUGAAACAGCAGCAGCAGCCCCCAAAGCAGCAACCCCCAAAGCAGCAACCCCCAAAGUAGCAGCUGCAGGCCCCAAAGCAGCAGCCCCUGAAGCAGCCGCAGCCCCUGAAGCAGCAGCCCCCCAAGCAGCAGCAGCCCCCAAAGCAGCAGCCCCCAAAGCAGCAGCCCCUGAAGCAGCAGCCCCUGAAGCAGCAGCCCCUGAAGCAGCAGCAGCCCCUGAAGCAGCAGCAGCCCCUGAAGCAGCAGCAGCCCCCAAAGCAGCAUCCCCUGAAGCAGGAGCUGCAGCCCCCGAAGCAGCAUCCCCUGAAGCAGCAGCAGCCCUGAAAGCAGCAUCCCCUGAAGCAGCAGCCCCCCAAGCAGCAUCCCUUGAAGCAGCAGCAGCCCCCAAAGCAGCAUCCCCUGAAGCAGCCCCCCAAGCAGCAGCAGCCCCCGAAGCUGCAGCAUCCCCUGAAGCUGCAGCCCCCCAAGCAGCACGCUGGAAGGGGGAAGCACCUUUCUCCCCAAAGCCCAGCAGGGCCGGGAGGCAGAGCCCCAGGACAAAAGAGGGUGCCGAGGGCUUCAGGGCGGCGCUGGAGGCCUUCCUGGAGAGCGGGGCGGCGCGGCUGGACUUCCCCCCGACCCUCAGCCCCCGCGCUCGGAUGCUGGUGCACGUGGCGGCCGAGGAGCUGGGGCUGCAGCACCUGAGCUCCGGGCAGGGCCCCCAGCGCUUCGUCAGCGUCAGCAAGGAGCCUGUGCAGCCCCCUCUGCCCGCAGCCCCCCGGCCCGGCCAGGAGCUGCCCCCUCCUCAGCCACAGCCUCCCAGCCCUGCUCAGCCCAGAGGAGGCAGGGAGGGCUCAGGGAACCUGGACCUGAAAACCCUGCACCUGGAGAGAGUUGAGAGGGAGAAAGCCCGACGGGAGGAGGCAGCGAGGAAGGCUCAGGAGCCCAGGGGCAGCCCCCAGGGCAGCAGCAGCAGGAGAAAAGACAAAAGCCAAGCCAAGGGAAAGGCAGCAGCCAGGAGCGGAGCCGGCGUGGCAGAAGAGGACAUCGACGCCCUGAUCUGUGCUGCCAUCAAGGCUGACAACACCUGCAGCCUCCCCAGCUGCCCAGCCAGCCUGGCAGCCCUGGGCCAGCUCUGUCCCCACUGCAGCAGGCGCUACUGCUUCAGCCACCACCUCCCCGAGGUCCAUGGCUGUGGGGAGAAGGCCAAGGCCCAGGCACGGCAGAGGAUCAGCAGGGAAGGGGUUCUCUACCCCGGGAGUGGCUCCAAAGACAGAUCCCUGGACCCAGCCAAGAGGGCCCAUCUCCAGCGGCGCCUGGACAAGAAGCUCAGCGAGCUGACCAGCCAGAGAAAAAGCAAGAAGAAAGACAAGGAGAAAUGAAGGAUCCGGAUACUUCUGUCCUACCUGUGGAGUCACGGGUCAGCCCAGGUGAACCAAAGAUGCUGCUGAAGCUGCAGGGCCGCGCUGUGCCCCCCAGGAGAAUGGGAGCCCCCAUUUUUGGGUGGCAGACAGUCUGGAGCCAGCACGCCCGGAUGGAGGGUGGCUGGACCUCUCCCUACACCACAGAGCCAGGAGGAAGCAGAGCAGCUUUGCUUGUCCUGGUUAUCCUUGGCAGAGCAGUGGACGUGCAGAGGGGGCUGGGGGUGCAGGGAGGAUGGGUAUUAAAGGCCCUGAAGCACUCA